CAAUAUAACUCCAAGUCACAGGCUGGCAGAGCAAAGCCAGAAAAGUGAACCAUGGCGUCUGCUUCCUACUCUGAAGAUCUGACUUGUCCUAUUUGUCUGACUAUCUUCACUGACCCAGUGACUCUUCUGUGCGGACACUCUUUCUGCAGAGGAUGUAUUACAGAUGCUCUGUGGUCACAGGAACUGUGUCCACAGUGUCGGACAGCUGUUCCAACAGAAGUAAAAUUUCUUCUAACCAGCCAUAUUUUAAAAAGCCUCGCUGAAAAGGCAAAAGAAACAGAGAAGAUAAAGACAGAGCCUGCAAAGGAGAAAGCAGAGGUGUCUGAGUUGUGCCCUGAGCAUGAAGAAAAGCUGAAACUGUUCUGUGUCACAGAUCAGCAGUUGGCUUGUAUCAUAUGCCGAGAUGGGGAGAGACAUGAAGGACACAAGCUUAAACCAAUCAAAGAAGCAGCUGCAUCUGUGAGACGGGAGUUGGAGGGUGGGAUGGAGAACCUUUGUGAUGAUAUCCUAGCUAUAGAGAGCUUAGCCAACACACAGAGGCAAGAAAUAAGAAAAACCAAAGCAAAGUCUGAGCAGCUGAUGACCCAAAUCCACAGACAGUUUGAGGAGAUGCACCAGUUUCUGAGAAAGAGAGAAGAUGAGAUAAAGAAUGAGCUGAAAUUCAAAGAGCAAGAUGAUGUUGAGAAAAUGAGCAAGAGCUUGAAGGUUAUAGAAACAGCAUUGUCUGAGCGCAGAGAGCUGGAGGCAAAGGUAACAUCAGUUCUGAAAACUGAGGACUCAGAGAGGCUCUUAAAGAGCUGGACUGAAGGGAACAGCAGGGUGACUGCAGAAGAUUUAAUCAAGCCCAAAGCAAAUGAUCUCCAAGUGGUGGAUAGCUCUCUCUCUCUGGGGCCUUAUGAAAGCCACCUGCAGUUCUUUAUGUGGAAGGAGAUGCUUCAGGUGAUCCAGCCCCGAGCAGAGCUGCUCUCACUCAAAAGCAACAGUGCAGAUAUAGCUGUGUCUGAAGAUGGACGGAGUUUGUUUAGUACACCCAAAAGCAACCAAGUUCCAUCACGUUCCUCCUCUGGUUUUCGCACAAGAUCACGGCAAGCCAGGGCCUAUGGUUUCGGCUCCUCAGGAUUUGCUGAGCAAUAUGAAAACUUACCUUUUAUGUCUGCCUUAUUCACAAACCAUGCAUUUAGUGUCAAUGAGUUCACUUCAGGGCAGCAUUAUUGGGAAGUAGAGGUUGGACACAGGGACUAUUGGGAACUGGGGAUAAAAGAUAAUUUCCUGAAAUAUGAUGGCCAACAAUAUUCCAUCUGUAGUCCAAAUAAAACCACCGAGCUAGGAUUUAGGGACAGACGACGAAAGAUUGGGGUUUACCUAAACUGUGCAUUGGAAAAGCUCUCCUUCUAUGAUGCAGACAACAUGAAGCACAUUCACACUGUGAGCUCAAGCCUCAUGUCCACGCCACUGUCAGCAUAUUUUCACAUUGAAGUCACAUCACCUGAUCUUAACCCUCUGACAGUGUGCUGGUACUGAAGUCAAGAUCAUAGCAGUAUGAAGUCAGUAUCAUAACAAGUACUAGUUGUAAGUGUUUUCAGCUUUUUCAAGAGCAGAAAAUAUCCAAUAAUUAGGAGGCUUCCAAGUUCCAUAUCGAAUAUAUAUAAAAACUUCUAACUGUGAUCUUUUGCAGUGUAUCAAAUAUUCUUAUAGGUCUGUCUUCCUAUCAUUUCUAUCAUUGCAAUGUAGGCUACAUUAUAGCCAGAAUAAAUGUUGGCAUUGUACAUUUUUGUAAGCCAUGGAUAUGUAACCAUUUUACUAUAUGUAGUGGAUAUAUUGAAACUUCACGCCUUAAUUUUUUUAACAUUGCUGUGGUUAAUGUGUGGUUAUAUUUAGGCACAAAAAAAACACUUAAUUAUUUGGAAAAGAUCAGGUUUUGCUGUCACAGUCAAACCUGGAAAAACCACCAGUCUUUCUAAAAUCAACCAGCUUUGGUGACACAAUUGCCACUUAAAAAUGCUAGAAAUGUGCUGGUACUGGAGUCAAGAUUAGUAUCGUUUCAAGUACCAGUUGGGUUUUUUUCAGUUUUGUCAGACACAGAAAAUAUCCAAACAUUAGGAAUUUUCCUAUUUCCACAUACAAGGAGAUAAUCAGAAUGAAUACAUGAGCAAAAUCCUCUAAUUACAUUACGUUUUGCAUUCUAUUAUAUAUUUUUAUAGGUCUGUGUGUAUCAUUUCUAGUAUUGCUGAUGUAGGCCACAUUCUAGCUAAAACAAAUGGCAUUGGCAUUUGAGUUUGUUUAUUUAGGCUACAAUACAGCCAAAAUAAAUGUUGGCAUUGUACAUAUCUGUAAGCCAUGGAUAUGAAUGCACAUGAUGUACAUAUACAUAUACAUAUAUAUGUAUAUGUAUAUAUAUAUAUACAUAUACAUAUAUAGUUGCUCAAGUCUGUCCUAACUAGUCUUAUGACAUAUAAUCAUUCUUAUGCUUAUAAUCGAGUAUAAUUACAAACAGCUAUGGUCACAGUUGUAUGAUUCUCACAGCUAAUAAAAUAUUUCAGAAAAUAUGUAAUACUGCACUCAGUUACUCAUGAUAAUUUAAAUCUCACGCAGUUUUUAUAAACGUUACAAAAAGUUAUGUUAUGUUACUUAUGCACCUUCUAACCCCUUCAAAACAUACAAAUUAUAAAUCAUGACAUGUACUGGUUACUCAUUAUGUAGUGGUGAAUCAGUAAAGGCCCAACUAAGGGUGAGAGUGGAUCUAGUCAGGGAGGGAGACAGGAUGUAUGGGUCAAAACAGGAAAUCAUUUCCUACCAAACAGUAGGAGAGGCCAGUGCUUGGUCAGAAAUUGAAAAACAGGAAACUCAGUGCUUUUCUAAGGGUGGAUCACUCCUCACUCAAAGGAGGGAGCCAAGCAAAUUACUGCCAAAGUUACCAAGCUCUGUGCUAGACUGUAACGAUGUCUGUCAACAACAUGUCAGCUGGGUCAUGGGUCAAGUAAAACCUUGUCUUUGUCUCUUUAGUUGCUUUCCAGGACAACUCGGUUUACUUGUAACAGUCAUUUGUGGCAAAUAAACCUGCAUGAGGUGAACAA